AUGCCCACCUUCGUCGACGCCGCCCACAGCCUGCCACUCACCCCACCCCUCUCCGCCACAGAGGGCGAGUUCGACAAGCCGCUCCUGUUCAACGACAUCAAGCAGCACCUCGAAGAUGCCCUUCAGAGCGAGCCACAGUCCCUACGCUAUGAGCGCAAGAUGGGGACACUGAGCUCUCGUACUUUCUGCCCUCGCGCCAGACGGGCGUACCUGCACAUCGGCAUAAACGCCGACGCGCGCAUCACACACGAGAGGUUCAACACUGUGUGGGCCAUUAUGCGCCUCCGGCACCCGAUGCUCUGUGCGCGCGCCGAAAUGCGCGACUACGAUGACGUGCGCUUCGUGUAUAACGCCCCCGCGUCGCCCGAGCAAGCUUGGCUGGAGGCAAGCGCGAACAUCGAGCUUCGUUCCCAGACCAAAGAGGAGCUUAUCGACUCCUACCUCAACGGCCCGCGGACGCUCUCCAACGAACGCCUGUCCUACAUCCUUCUCUCCGAGCCCGCGCAACCGGCCUCCGACGACCUCUUUCCCACUCCACCCCGCACCCCUGAGCCGGAUAGUCCGAUCGAACGGUCGAACGCCGGCCUGAACGGCCCUCCGCUCGAGGACUCCUCGAGUACGCAGAACGAGGAUGCGGAGUCAGAGGCUACGCCGGCCCCGAGGAGGCCGCUCGAGUUCAUGUUAUGUGUGAUGCACUUCCUCGCAGACGGCAUCGCGAUCCACAACUUGUCGAACGACAUUUUCUGCUUGGUCGGCGGCGACUUGACCGACGAGCAGCUCCAUGAACUGCUCCGAGAGGAAUGGACUACGCGGUGGGCAGAGGCGCCUGAGGAGUGCGUGCUCCCUGGGACGCUCGAGGAGAGAGUGCCGAAGCCGACAACGCCCUUCCGUCGCGUGGCUGCGCAGGUCGACUACCAGCUUUCGCAGGCGCGGCUCAUCGGCGGGCAGGCCUUCCCCCGCCACAAGCACCCCGAGCGACUCACCAUCGUCCCGACAAUCGCGUACCCCGAGGCGCGCACAAAGGAGAUCCUGAAGGCGUGCAAAGUGCAUGGCGUGUCCAUAUCCGCCGCUCUCUUCGCCAUCUGCAACGUUGCGUGGGCGCGCAUGGGCGCGCGCGCGGGCUCGCACCCGCUCCCGACGCUCAUGUACUCCGCGCUCAACCUCCGGCCGUACUUCGCCCGCAAGGCGCUGCAAGACGAACAGCGGCUCUGGGACUCGUACUUCUUCGACGCGCAGGCGGCGACGUUCUGGCGGCGGGCGCGGAGCGCGAAGGAGCAGAGCACGCGCGCGGUGAAGCACCCCCUCGCCGCGUCGCGCACGCACGGGAUGGCGGAGGAGCGUGGGGUGCGGGCGCGGAUGUGGGGGCGCGAGGAUGACGAGAAGGAGAGGGGGACGUGGGCCCCGCCCGCCCCGGCCACCAUCUCGCUCGACGCGCUCGCGCCGCGGGAGCCGGUGCUGCCCAAGCGGGAGAAGGCGUCGGCGGCGGCGCUGCUCGGGCUGUCGCUGCUCGGGAACCUGGACGGGAUCUACAAGCACGCGGCGUUCCCGUCGACGGAGCUGUACGCGCUCAACACGGGCUCGCGGCAGCGGAACGGGGCGAUGCUCAUGUUCGGGUACACGUUCAAGGGGAAGGUGUGGAUCAGUCUUGGGUACGACUGCAAUGGGUUUGAGGGCGACGUCGUGGACAGGUUCUGGAAGGAGUGCUUGGAUUGCGUGGAGGAGUUCAUGGGCUGA